GAAUGGCGGGACAUAAAGGUGCGAAUAUUUUUGAUAUCGCUUUUAUCUCUUGUCCUGUUUUAGGCACCGUUUACGCGUCUUUUCUUAUACACUUACCUGGUAUCCCGACCAGUGACACGACCUAGCAUUCUCCGCUGUUACUUAACAGAAACUAUAGAGAAAUGAGCACAAAAAUCACAUUGCUAAUACUUAUAGUCGUGGCAUUUGAAGUCCAAUGUCUUCCAAUACAGUGGCGACCAAGCCCCAAAGAUAUUGAGCAAAACCCGGAAGAAAAUAAUGGCGUAACUGAUGUGAACUUGGUGGAGGGAGACAUACUGGUGGACUCUUCCUGGCGUCAGAGAAAUGCUGUUAACAACAGGAACAAGGUGUGGGAUAUUCGAAUUGUCCCCUACAUCGUGGAGGAGUCCUUCCCUGACUACGUGAAAAUAUCUAUCCAGGCGGCCAUGGACCAGUUCCAUCAACUCACUUGUGUGCGGUUUAAACCACGAGCCAGUGAAUCUGACUACAUACACAUUAGACAGCUUUCAGGGUGUUUCAGUGAGGUUGGCAAAAGAGGGGGUACCCAGAAUGUCUCCCUCACAGAGGGGUGUUUUCAGCCAGGCACGAUCAUGCACGAGCUGAUGCACGCGCUGGGGUUCUGGCACGAGCAGAGUCGCUCAGACAGGGAUGAUUACAUUUCAGUAUUAUGGGAUAAUAUACAAAUAGAGCACAAACAGAACUUCGAAAAAGUCAACCCCGAACAGGUGAAUACUUUGGGUGCCCCCUAUGAUUUCGGCUCCAUUCUGCACUAUAAAAUCAACACAUUUGCUAUAGACCCCUCAAUGCCGACGUUGUUCCCCAAAGUGAACGUGACGGAAGCCGUCAGGUCCAUGGGACAGAGGGAAAAACUCAGCCAAGUAGACAUCUAUAAAAUUAACUCUCUGUAUAACUGCAGUAUUCGGAGCUGCGGUGAUCCCGGUAUUCCAGUUAACGGUGGCUGGGACGGGGACGACUUCACCGUCGGUUCUAACGUCACAUAUUCCUGCUCCCCUGGUUACCUCCUAGUGGGCAGCCGCGUGCGCUGGUGCACAUACACCGGAAUCUGGUCGGGCAAAGUGCCGGAAUGUAUACUCGCUCUCAAUACCAUCUCAUACUGUAAUUUUGAGACUCCGGACCUCUGCGGCUGGCAGCAAAACACAGCAGACGACCAACAAAACUUUACAUAUCAACAGGGGGCGACACCGAGCGCCAACACAGGCCCGGACUUUGACCAUACUCUGCAGACAUCAGAAGGUCACUACCUGUACUUGGAGGCAUCCGAGCCGUCCGCACGUGGUCAUCGAGCCAGACUGACCUCGCCACUGGUUCACAAGCCGCUGGGCGCCCAGGACAUUUGUCUUAGGUUUGCGUAUUCCAUGUACGGAAGCGAGGCUGGGGAAGUGAUCACGUACAUGAUAGAGGGCGCCAGCAACGAAACACUACAGACCAUAACUGGAGACCAGGGUCCAGGCUGGAAAACGACUAUUAUACGCUUAAAACCACGGGAAACGUUCAAGAUUGUCCUCGAAGCUGUUCGGGGUAUGAGCUUUAAAAGUGAUAUCGCCUUAGACGAUGUGUUAUUGACCAGCUGUAUCAAUAUCGAAAGUGAAACCGAUGUUCUAAAGCAGCUGUUCUUCCCGAAAACAUUGACUGGAAACAAAGGCAAAUGGAACGCUGGUAUAAUACUACAAACGAUCCACACUUGUGACUUCAAUAAGGACAUGUGUGGCUGGACCCAAGCAGCAGACGACACAUUUGACUGGACGCUGAUCCGGGGAACUACGGGGUCUUCAGCAACAGGUCCACAGUGUGACAGGAGAGAUUGCAAGAAAGGCCAAUACAUCUAUAUCGAAACCUCCAGUCCUCGUGUCCGUGGAGACACUGCCCAGGUUGCCUCGCCGUACUUUGAAGGAACCAGCAAAAAGUGUUUCAGCUUUUACUACAACAUGUAUGGAGAUGGCAUGGGCUCCUUGAACCUGAUUUUACAAGAAUUCGGCGGGAAACCGAGAAUCGUCUGGUCAAAGAAAGGUGACCAAGGUCAAGGUUGGAAGAAGGCUAACUUACAACUCACGCCCGCUAAAGUGUUUCAGUUGGUGUUUGAAGGAGUCCGCGGCGAUAGUUACCGAGGAGAUAUUGCAGUUGAUGACGUCACUCUCUCCGACGGAGAGUGUUCAGACUCCACGAAUCAAGCAAAGGCCACUCAGACCAAAGUGGACUGCGAUUUCGAGACUGACUUCUGUAGCUGGGUUCAGGCUUCCCAGAAUACUGUGGAUUGGAGCAGGACGCGCGGCGCGUUGACAGGAAUUAAAUAUGGCGGUCCAAUGGUUGACAAGACUACGGGGAAAGGGUAUUAUGCUUACGUUAACACAUACGGGAUGAAACCGAGCACAUUGGCAAGAAUAUCCUCCCCAAUGCUGCCUGUGAACCAGACCGAUUUCUGCUUUCAUUUCUGGUACUAUACGGACGGCGCAAAUGUUGGUGCCCUGAGUGUGCUGGUGAAUACUAAUACCAGUCCGGAGACCACGCUGUGGAAGACCAAGGGAACAUCAUCGACCAACUGGCGAGAGGCAGGGGUUCAGUUGACGAGCAAAGAACCCUUUAAGAUAAGUAUGUCAGUGGAAGUUGGCAAGGCAGGAAAGGGCGUGGUUGCUGUGGAUGACGUCACUCUAGUGCAGGGUCAAUGUGCGAUAAUGAUUGGAUAG